AUGGCACUCACUGCAGCACUCCUCCUCGGACUCAGUCAACUUCAAUUAGUGACUGCUGUCAGCUCUCUGCACGUCGACACAUCUUCUGGACCGGUUGAAGGCUUUACAGAUGACAUCACACCGAACGUCGCACAGUACUUGGGUAUACCCUUUGCCGAACAGCCUGUGGGAGCCCGACGCUGGUUGCCACCGGCUCCCAAGUGCAGAGCGAACGAGACGCUCAAAGCAACCAACCUAGGCCCUUCUUGCCCCCAGUUCGAGGGCGAUGCACCUAAUGUCUGGCUGACGGACGCGCCGGAGUUCAUCAUCUCGCCACGCGACUACCAAUCAGAGGAGUGUCUGAAUCUUAACAUCUGGGCUCCUUUGUCUACCUGUGAGACCGACAAAGACGAGUCGGAGCCGUUACCGGUUCUGGUCUGGAUUCAUGGUGGAGGUUUCGUGACGGGCGGACCCACGGUGCCCUACCAGGUUCCAGCCAGAUGGGUGGAACGAACAGGAAAGCACAUUGUCGUUGGGAUCAACUACCGUUUGAACAUCUUUGGCUUUCCCAAUGCCAAAGCCCUUGCCGAUGACGAACAGAAUCUGGCCUUCCUAGAUCAACGUCUCGCUCUAGAGUGGAUUCGCGACAACAUAGCCAACUUCGGUGGUGAUCCAGAUCGUAUCACGCUCUGGGGCCAGUCUGCAGGUGCCAUCUCUGUCGAUUACUACAACUUCGCUUAUCCCGAAGACCCUAUCGUCUCGGGCCUGAUCAUGAACUCUGGAUCGUCUUUCCUAUCCAUCGCGACCGCUGAUACCCAGCAAACGAACUUCACCUUCGUCGCUCAACACUUCGGAUGUGACGAGACCGACCCCGAUGCCGAAAUCGACUGCCUGCGCAAGAUCGAAUCGAGUGACAUUGAGAGCUUCUUGAAGGAAUACUCUGACAAUGGUACUUCGCCGGGUGUGAGAUUCGUCCCAGUCGUCGACAAUGUCACGGUCUUCUCCAACUACACGGAGCGCGCUCAGGCCGGAAAUUUCACGCUCAAACCGGCGAUUAUUGGCACAACGGACAACGAGGGUAGCGCCUUCCCCGCAUACAACGCGACAUACGGGCCACCACAGGCUGAGGCCGACGCUGCAACUGCUAAUAACUUCCUCUGCCCAAUUGUGAAGACAACCUACGAUCGCAUGGCAGCCAACACGACUACUUUCCGCUACCUGUAUGCCGGAAACUUUAGCAACAUUGCACCUCGGUUCUGGCAGGGUGCAUUCCAUUCGUCUGAUCUGCCGCUAUACUUCGGUACUUACGGUAUUGCGAGAGGCAACGGUACAGAUUUCGAGAGAGAGGUAAGCGAGCAAGCGCAAGACUACUACCUUGCUUUCGCGGAGGAUCCAGUCAACGGGCUACCCAAACUAGGAUGGGAAGCCUACAAGUCCAGUGGCGAGGGAGUGUUACUUGGGUAUGAUGGAGAGGUUACGCAAAGCAUCGCGGCAAGCGAACUAGAGAGUGCGUGUGAUGGACUGACGCCGAAUGGCAACCCGCUGCCGCCGUUGUGA